CAACUAAAACCCUAGAUGAUCACAACGCCCGUCGGCCGUCACCAGCUCUCUCUCUCUCUCAUGAUUGUGCCGGUCUUCACUUUCCGUAAAUAAGAAUACCGCUUUGACGAUGGAAGACGAUGACGAAGUACAGUCACAGCCUUCAGAGGGGACUGGAUCUCCGGCAUCACCUCGGUCCAACGGCAGGAUAACGGUUACGGUUGCAUCCGCCCCUCCACCUCCGAACAGUAAUACCUUGACCUUAGCUUUACCCAUACAACACCUGUCAAAGACCUCCGGAGGUGGUGGCGGCAGCGGGAGAGAAGAUUGCUGGAGUGAAGGUGCUACGGCGGUGCUAAUUGAUGCAUGGGGUGAGAGGUACCUAGAGUUGAGUCGGGGAAAUUUAAAGCAGCAACACUGGAAAGAUGUUGCGGAACUUGUUAGCAGUCGGGAUGAUUAUACCAAACCCCCCAAAACUGAUAUUCAGUGCAAGAACCGGAUUGACACCGUGAAGAAGAAGUACAAGCUGGAGAAGGCGAAGAUUGGGGCUGGCCAAGGACCCAGCAGGUGGACAUUCUUUGAAAGGCUGGAUCAAUUGAUUGGCCCUGCAGGGAAGACUGAAGGAGGGGAGACUUCCGCAAGCCACCAUAAGGUUCCUAUGGGUAUACCUAUGGGAGCAAGAUCUGCUUUUCAGCUCCGGCAACACCAGCCACAAUCGCUGCAGAGGCAGAAGCCUGGCUUUCGAAGAAGGCCUCCUCAUGUUGAUUCAGAGACGUCAGAGUCAGAGCCUGAGCCUUCUCCCAAUUCAAGUGACAGCUCUCCACCUCCCACUUCUGAGAAAAAGAGGCCUAGGAUGAAUUCCAGUGUGGUGGCAGUUAGACCACCCACAACAAUUUCUAGAGGAGGAGGAGGAGGAGGGUGUGGAGUUGGCACUUCUGAUAGUAAUUGGGCAAAUUCAGUGAGAGAGUUGUCUCAAGCAAUUCUAAAGUUCGGGGAGGCUUAUGAGCAAGCAGAGAGUGCAAAGCUGCAGCAGAUGGUGGAGACUGAAAAGCAGAUGAUGAAGUUUGCCAAGGAGUUGGAAUUGCGGAGAAUGCAGUUCUUUAUUAAAACACAGUUGGAGUUAUCCCAGCUAAAAAACGGGUGGAGUGUUGGUAACAGUAUUCACCAUUGCAAUAAAAACAGCACAGCUGCCAACAAUAACAACAUCAACAGCAACUAGGAAGCUGCUUAAAUUUAGGUUUGUUAACAUUCUUUUUCUUAGUCAAAUGACUAAUGCUUAAUUUUUUUUCAUCCUGUUAACUAGAAAUCCGUAGGAUGUUUUUAAUGUGGCAGAUCUAUGGUAAAUGUUGUUGUAUCAUUAUUUUACUUUGUGAAACUACUAUUUGAUAUGGAUUGGAUGCUUGCUUGCAGUUCAUUAGUGAUAAUAAUAAUUAUGUACUUGU